AAACGUUCUUGUGUUGUCAGUCUUUCAACAUGUACCAUUUCUGCCACUAGCUCUGAGUGUUCCAUUGUUAUGUGUUUGUAAUUUGUGCAGGUAUAUUUACCUGUUUACAACAAAGACAAAGAAGAAAACAUCAUUAAAUCUAUAAAGCCAAGAUCUCAUUCUCAGAUAAUUUGAUCUUUUUGUACAAAUACUGGACACUAUUCUGAUGUCAGAAUUUUCAUUUAUUUCAACAAUACAUACGCAACUUGAUUGAUUUUCCUGAGUUAUCUGGCAGGAAUGAUAGCACAUUUUAUUCUAGUGCUCUGCAAAAUUUAUCAGGUACUUAGGAAUACAUCGCACUCUUUCCUCGUUCGUACGGCAAACGAUUCAACGUGGGCACACAGUGAAAAACAAGCGAGAGCGCGGAUGGAUCUUACUUCCUGCCAAUUAUAUCGCUCGGCGAGGCCGAAGCCGAAACCGAAGCCAUCGUGCGAUCAAGGCCAGGAUGAGCGGUGCGUAACGCGCAGGAUCUCUCUAAUAGGAAAGCAGGAUAAAUUUUCCGUGGGGAAGCGAAACAUCGAGAUCGGCGAUCGAAUGCAAUCGAGUUUUCCGCCGUGGAAAAUCAACAACCAGGUAUCGCAAACGACUUUGGAUACCGGCUAUCAGGCACCGCAUACCGUUCAUCGAAUCAUCUCUCUCUUUUUUGUCAACAUCUGGGUCUGAAUCCAGACCUUGCCGUUAGCUACCGAUAUGGAAGAAUAUCGCGGAAGCGGGGCAUAUCUUGCGAUCGUUGCUGGCGUUUUCGCGACCGGUGGCAGCCUCCUGGGUAAGCUCGCCGGCGCUAACAACGCAUCGUCAUUGUUGCAGUUAUUACUAAAAGGAGCGCUUCUGGUCUUUAUGAUCGUGUGCAACACCGUGGGAUGUACGUUUUUUGUCAAAGCGCUUCAUGGCAGCGGAUCCUCUUUGCCGGUAACGGUCGCCAGUGCAGCUACAAACUAUGUUUGUUCUGCUUUUGUAGGCUUCAUCGUGUUUGAUGAAUCUACAUCAUUGGCCUGGUGGUGUGGAACUUCCUUGGUACUUCUCGGCUUAAUUUUGACAUGUUACGUUCCCGCUGAAAAGAAUGAGAAGAAAGAGGUUUUCAUCAUCGAGAAGAAAUUAAAGCAUCAAUAAUCAGCAGCAAGCACUUUUAUAUUAAAAACGGUGAUGUUACAACAGUAUUAUACGAUUUACUUCUAUUUUUCUAUUGAUAUUGCAAAUAUCUAUUAUGUGCUCUUAUCGGAAAUUUACUAUAUUGUUGAAGGAUAAACUGUGACUAAUUUCUCGUGAAAUAUAUUUUCCUAUUAACUCCUGGUAA